AUGUUCCAAUCUGAUGAACAAUCAGAAGAUGUCAGAAUUUUAGGUUACGAUCCAUUAGUGUCUCCUGCUCUUCUUCAAGCUCAAAUUCCUGCUACUGAAAAAUCUAUUGAAACCGCUAAGAGAGGCAGACGGGAAGCAAUUGAAAUUAUUUCAGGUAGAGAUGAUAGAGUUUUAGUCAUUGUUGGUCCUUGCUCAAUUCAUGAUCUAGAUGCCGCUCAAGAAUACGCUUUAAGACUGAAGAAAUUAUCUGAUGAAUUACAAAAUGAUUUAUGCAUUAUUAUGAGAGCAUAUUUGGAAAAGCCAAGAACUACUGUUGGUUGGAAAGGUUUAAUUAAUGAUCCAGAUGUUAAUAAUUCUUUCAAUAUCAACAAAGGUUUACAAUCUGCAAGACAAUUAUUUGUUAAUUUAACCAACAUUGGUAUGCCAAUUGGGUCUGAAAUGUUGGAUACUAUCUCCCCUCAAUUCUUGGCUGAUUUAUUAUCUUUUGGUGCUAUUGGUGCUAGAACUACUGAAUCUCAACUACAUAGAGAAUUAGCUUCCGGUCUUUCAUUCCCAAUUGGUUUCAAAAAUGGUACUGAUGGUACUCUAGGUGUUGCUGUUGAUGCUUGUCAAGCUGCCUCUCAUUCUCAUCAUUUCAUGGGUGUCACUAAACAUGGUGUUGCUGCCAUUACAACCACCAAGGGUAAUGAACAUUGUUUCGUAGUUUUAAGAGGUGGUAAGAAAGGUACUAACUAUGAUGCCAAAUCUAUUGCUGAAGCUAAGGCACAACUUCCAGAAGGUUCUAAUGGUUUGAUGGUCGAUUAUUCUCAUGGUAAUUCUAACAAAGAUUUCAGAAACCAACCAAAAGUCAACGAUGCUGUUUGUGAACAAAUUGCUAAUGGUGAAAAUAAGAUUGUCGGUGUAAUGAUCGAAUCCAAUAUUCAUGAAGGUAAUCAAAAAGUCCCACCAGAAGGUAAACCUGGUUUAAAAUACGGUGUAUCUAUCACAGACGCCUGUGUUUCUUGGGAAACUACUGAUACCGUGUUAAGAAAAUUAGCUGCUGCUGUUAGAGCAAGAAGAGAAGUAAACAAGAAAUAA